GAUGGCAUUAUGUCGGAAAAAAUUACCCUUUUCUUGGAAUAAGGAACAUAGGUUACGUUUCACUUUUCAUGGGUAUUCCGUGGUUGUCACCAAGAAUUUUCGUAUCGAACAAUACAUGUAACCUUAUAUGGAUAAGAGAAGAUUUUGAUAGUUCAGGGAUGUAACCGUGAGCCGAUCAAACAUCGAGACAUCAGUCUUGCGACUAUACACGGAAAACAAGACAUUGCCUUGUUUUUCAUUACAUGUAGUUUUUAAUGGAGAAGACUUUGAUGGCUUAAUGUCAGAAAUGUUUACCCUUUUCUGGGAGUCAGUAUACAGAUCUUAUUUUACUGGUAUUAGGCAGUUGUCACCAAGAAUUUCUCUAUCGAACAAUCUUCUCAGUGAUACCUGGCAAGUUAUUGGAAGAAUAUUUAGCCAUGGCUACGUGUUAUCUAAUUUCAUCCCGACCCAAAUCACGUACUCAACUCUGUAUUAUUUAUUCAUGGGUAAUGAACCCGCUACAAGGGAAUACGAAUCUAGCUUUUUAAACACAUUGUCCAAGAGGAAUGAAACUCUUUUGAAUCGCGCAAUGCGUUCAAACCCUUCAGUCCCCAGGUUUCAGGAACCGUUCCAAUCAAAUUUAGUUGCAAUUCUCUCACAUUACGGAGCUACGGCCUUACCAAUCCCGCGGUCAAUCAAUACAAUAAUAAGUCAAAUUGCGCGUUAUCACUUACAUUUACAACCCUUUUACGCCUCACAUAAUAUUCGAACCGGCACGCUAAGAAGCCACGAUUCAAUUUGGAACCCAUGUCCAUCCAAUUACAGUAUUUUUCACCUAUUUCAUUUGUUUCACCCCACUCCUGAUAAUGUAAUAGAUCAUUUUGACGUUGAAUAUAGUAAUUGGCGGUUGUCACCAAGAAUUUCCCCAUCAAACGAUCUUCUCAGUGAUACCUGGCAAGUUAUUGGAAGAAUACUUAGCCACGGCUACGUGUUAUCGAAUUUAAUCCCCACCCAAAUUACCUACUCUACUCUGUAUUAUUUAUUUAUGGGUAAUGAACCGACUACCCGUGAAUACAUGUCCAGCUUUUUAAACACAUUGUCCGAGAGGAAUGAAACUCUAUUAAAUCGGGCGAUGCGUUAA